GAAAUUUUGUCAACAGACGGAUUGUAAACAUCAGUAUACUUUUUGUAGGUUACAGACUUUUCAUCCAACUAUGAUAUUUCACCACUGACGUUUUAAUAUAAUUAAAUACACACUAAUUACAAGAGUGCUGACGCGGGUACGCUGCAUGGUAUCUCGUUACAGGAAUAACUUCUACCCGAAAAAGGCUAAUGCCUUAAACCGAAUGAGUGGAGAAAACUCCAGAAGAGCCUCAUGGAGGGGUGGAAUUGGUGGAUGGAGAGGAGGAGGUGGCGGAUGGAGAGGAGGCCGUGGCGGAUGGAGAGGAGGUGGAGUUUGGAGAGGAGGAGGUGCAUGGAGAGGAAGGGGAGGAGGUGAUCACAGAGGGUCGGGGAGUCACAGCUCCAGCACACAGAGAAUCCUCCAUCAGGCCACUCUUGAUGUGCUGUGCCCUUACAAAGGAUGGCCGCUGUACUUCGCUGACGGUUUCAUCGACAGCUCACCCAGCGUGGAGAAGAUCAAAGUCUUUGAGAAGUAUUUCACCUCCAAAAUUCACCUCUACGACAAGGACGAGAUUGAGCGCCAGGGCAGCGUGCUAGUAGAUUACGCAGACUUGACCACCAACGAGGUAGUGCAUGAUGCUCUUCCUACACUAACCACAGAGCUGAAGCAACAACCUGAGAUGAUCCUCAACUGUUUGGGAGUGGCUAUUCACCAGGUGUUGACUGUGGAUUUGGAGAAACAGGCUGCUGAGCUGCAAGGCGAGGAGCUUCCUGUGGCCACGCCCAUCAUCAACAUCCCUCACAUUAGUGCGAGGCUGUACAACUAUGAGUCGCUGACUCCUCUGCGCACGUUGCGUGCCAGCGUGUUUGGGCAGCUGGUAUGCGUGAAAGGGACAGUGGUCCGAGUGAGUAACAUCAGACCUUUGUGCACCAGGCUGGCCUUCAGGUGCAUGAUGUGCUCACACACACUCUCACUGCCACUGCAACGCGGGAAAUAUACAACACCCUCCAAGUGUAACCAGUCAGACUGCCGCAGUCAUUCGUUCUCUGCCCUGCGCAGCUCGCCUCUUACACAAACGGUGGACUGGCAACUCAUCAAGGUGCAGGAGCUGAUGUGCGGUGAGCAGAGGGAGGCUGGACGAAUUCCACGCACUGUGGAGUGUCACCUAACCUCAGACCUCUGUGAUAGCUGCGUCCCUGGAGACACUGUGACUGUGACAGGGAUUGUUAGAGUCACAAACGAUGGCACCUCCAGGAGGAAUCAGGACCAGUGCAUGUUCCUCCUCUACAUCGAGGCCACUUCAGUCAGCAACACCAAAGGUCAGCAGUCCAAGUCAGGAGGUCCGGGGUCCAGAGGUUCACAUGAGGAUCGUUCUGGAGGGGAAGAGUUUAGUCUUAAGGAGCUCUACGCCAUCCAGGAGAUCCAGUCACAGCCUGAUCUGCUUAGACUGAUAGUCCACUCUCUGUGUCCCGCCAUCUACGGCCACCUGUUGGUGAAAGCCGCCCUGGUGUUGGUGUUGUUCGGAGGCAGACAGAAGCACACCGAUAAGAACAGCGUCCCCGUCAGAGGAGACCCACACGUCCUGAUGGUGGGAGACCCUGGGCUGGGCAAGAGCCAGAUGCUUCAGGCUGUUUGCAAUGUGGCUCCAAGGGGAAUUUAUGUAUGUGGCAACAGCGCCAGCACUGCAGGACUAACAGUGAGUUUAUACAGAGAUCCAGGAAGUGGAGAUUAUGCUCUGGAGGCUGGAGCCUUAGUGCUGGCCGACCAAGGUUUGUGCUGCAUUGAUGAGUUUGACAAGCUGGGCAACCAGCAGCAGGCUCUCUUGGAAGCCAUGGAGCAGCAGACUGUGAGUCUGGCAAAGGCAGGAAUCGUCUCCUCCUUGCCAGCUAGAACCUCCGUGGUAGCUGCCGCCAACCCUGUCAGAGGACAUUACAACAGGGGCAAGAGCGUGUCUGAGAAUUUAAAGAUGGGCUCGCCGCUACUCUCCCGUUUUGACGUCAUCUUCCUCCUCCUGGACAUUCCAGACGAGGCACAUGACCGCCUGCUGUCUGAACAUGUCAUGGCGAACCGCGCCGGCAAAGGCAAAACCAGCAGCACUAUUGUUACCAGGAACAACACCAACACAGAGACCUCCAUCUUACUGGAACACUCUGACAUGCCACUGUCUGACCGCUUGAAGAUCCCUGCAGGUGAAACUUCUGACCCCAUUCCAGCAUGCUUGUUAAGGAAGUACAUCAGCUAUGCUCGCCAUUACGUGCACCCAGUGCUCUCUCCUGAAGCUGCACAAACGCUCCAAGACUUCUACCUGUCACUGAGGUCUCAGUCGCUCUCUGCUGACUGCACACCCAUCACCACUCGCCAGCUGGAGUCACUCAUCAGACUCACAGAGGCGAGAGCCAGACUGGAUCUCAGAGAGACAGCCACCAAGAGCGAUGCUGAGGAUGUGGUAGAGAUUAUGAAACACAGCCUCGUGGAUACGUACUCAGAUGGUCUCGGCAAUCUGGACUUUGAACGCUCCCAACUGGGAGCAGGCAUGAGUCAGCGCAGCGCUGCCAAGCGACUCGUCAACGCCCUGCACACACAUGCACAGCAGACCAAUCAGAAGCAGUUUGACCUUCAGACCAUUCGAUCUGUGGCACUGAGACUGAACAUAAAGGUGAUGGACUUUGACGGUUUGGUGAGUUCCCUGAAUGAACAAGGUUUCCUGUUGAAGAAAGGAGCCAAGCUCUACCAACUUCAGACUGUCUGACAACCAGAACAGCAGACCAUAAAUGUAAACAAAAAUAACUACAUUCACAAUUUUAAUUUAAUCUGGUGAAGUUGCAAUACUACGGAGUCUUCCUAGAAAUCUUUGAAAUAAUAUCAGUUCUAUAUGUUUACUUUGCUUGCACUUUAUUUGUUACACAAUAAGGUGUUAAUAAAACACUUUUUCCUAUAACUA